GGGGUCCAGUCAACAACAAGGCUCGUUCGGAUCACUCUAAAGGAGGGCGUCAGUAAAGAAAGCAAGAAAAGAAAGAAAAAAAACGAAGUAAAGAAACUUCGUUUCUUCGGCGGCUCUGCACUCGUCCUAGUGCCCGGACGAGCCCCGCCUUGCCUCCGGUGUAAGAAGACCGGCCACAUCCGAAAAGACUGCCGCGUCCCCCGUUGUCACCAUUGCCACCGCUACGGCCACACAAGAGAAAACUGUGUCAAACCUUACGCAGUGACAACGCCCGGACAACUCCCGGACGAGAACACCGACCUUAUUAUAGACGAAGCGGAAGCCGAGCUAGCUGCCAAUGCGAACGCCUCCGUAAGGACGCUUCCUGCGGCGCCGAGGAUUGCCGAAACGCCGACGGCUGGAACCAGUGAACCUUCUCCACAGGUCGAGCUCCCCUCGGACGCUCCCUCUAGGGAACCGCAGAAAGGCGGCAUGGAGGCGCCUGUUGCAACGCCUGGGGAAAAGUCGCAACUUACAGCCAAGGUACCGGAGCCAGAUGGUGGGUUUUCUGACAGCGAAAUGCGGGACGAAGCCAUGGUAGCGGGAGCCGCUACACCAACCAAGCGACCGCACGAGAAAGACCGAAGCCCUGGGGCAGAGGACGGUAUGCCGACCCAACAGCGUUCGAAACUGGUCACGCCGUGUCGCGGACGGCGCAAGCCGCUCACGCUCCGUGCGGCUCUGGACAACCGCUUCGAGACGGACUCUUAG